AUGGUGCAGAGCAGACAAGCUUCUGUUGUCAGGGCCAAAAAGUCCAAGAAGAAGAAGAAGCCAUUACCCAAGGAUUUCAAGCGGCACAAUCUGGAAAAGCGGGAGUUUCCUCAAUUCUCAUUAUUCGAAGCCAUGAGGAUCUUGCGAGCGGUGGAAGUCGGCCAGCCACCGUCAGUCAAAUACGAGAUUCACAUCAACCUCAAGACGGCGCGCAACGGUCCCGUUAUCAAGAACAGCGUCCGCCUUCCCAACCCUGUGCAGAGCGACUGGCAGAUUGCCGUUCUUUGCCCCGAAGGCAGCGAGAUUGCCGCCGCCGCCGCCGCUGCCGGUGCCGUCGCCGUGGGAGAAGAGUCCCUCUUGGAGGAUAUCCGGCAGGGCAAGAUCAACUUUGACCGACUGAUAUGCCACGAGUCGAGCGAAAAGGCACUCAACAAGUCCGGCUUGGGGCGGGUUCUGGGUCCCAAGGGGCUAAUGCCCAGCAAGAGAAUGAAGACGAUUGUCUCUGAUGUGGUCAAGUCCAUCAGGGAUUCCGCCGGCGCGGCAGAUUAUCGCGAGCGCCAGGGUGUCAUCAGGAUGCCCAUCGGGCAGCUCGGUCACAGCGCCGAUCAGCUCAAGGCCAACCUCACCACGCUCCUCAAGAAGAUCAAGUCUCAGUGCGCCAAUAUUUCGGAAGAGUCGCCCAAAGAGGUGCACGAGAUCAUUCUGAGCACGUCGCAUGGACCUGGCCUGACCUUGAACGGCAAGGUGGCGGAUGCGAGCGGCGGCGUCACGGCCGAGGCGUUGUCCAGCGUCAUGUGA